UAAUGCAGCUUUAACUCUGAUUUGAUGCUGUUAUUACAGUUGUGAUGGACUUCUCUGGCAUGUCUCUGAUCAAGCUGAAAAAAGAGGAAAUGGAGACUCAGGUAAAGGUGCUGCAGCUGGAGACCCAGCUGGAACAGGAGCGAGUCCAUCUAGGGGAGCUGAGGAAGAGGCACUACGAGCUUGGUGUCUCUGGGGCCGACAGUGAAGCAACAGACGAAGAUGACAGCUUCCCACCGCCGCCGCCACCUGUCCUGCUCGACUCCACACCAGUACCUCUGUCCUUUUCACAAAUGGAGCCUUAUCAAAACACUCCGAGCUUUGCACAGACCAACCCGUUCGCUCCAACUCAAACGCAGUCCUUCUCGCUGCCUCAGUCCUACACACCCACAAACAUCUACACACCUGCUCAGAGCUACACCCCAUCCCAGCCCUACAUCCCUGCUCAGCUUCUCCCACAGACGCAGCAUUACACACCAAGCGCAGCCCAGAGUUACCUAAAACCUCAGACGUACUCACCAUCACAGCCCUCAUCACACGCAUCAGGCCCGGCCCAGCCUCAGCCACUCCAGACAGCCCCACAGAGCAACACAGAGCCCAUAAAACACGCCUCCAAGAAAUCCAAUAUCUUUACCAAAUCUGGGAACUUGAUGAAGAAGGCGUUCAAACGAGGUGAAACUGGAACAGGGGAAUCCUGAAGUGGGACUGAACAGAAGACAGUGAUUUUACUUCCACAGCUGAUUGAAACCCCCAAGUUAAAAUAUUUAAUUUUAUAUCGGACUCUAAUACAUGUGACACAUACUGUUGCUUUGUAUGUGUUUUGUCUUUUAAUGAAAUCACAACAUUAUAAUGCAUUUCCAUCUGGUAUUUGUAAUCACACUGAAGCUCCUGUUCUCUCACAAACUGGUGUGGAAAAACCAAAGUAAAGGUUGAAUCCCUGCAGACUGUCAACAGUGUUUUCUCAUGCACAUUUGUCCCAGACUGACAUGUUGUAUUUCUGAUCAAGUCCAAGCUGAGUGUGUGUGGGAAUUCAACCUUUCCUUGUGCAUGUUUUCAUCUUCCUGUGCACCAGUGUGCAGCAGACAACACUGCUUGAUCAUGUACACAGAAGAAACCAAUUAAAAACCAUCAAUUCAUCUGACUGCAGCAGUACUUUGUGUUUUUUCCUCAGAUUUUUCAAAUAUGUUAUGGUACUACCAUUAAGCGGCUCAGAUGAGGCCCAGAGGUUGCUGUCUGGGGU